CGCUGGGCAGCCCAUGUGGCACUCCAUUUGAUGGGCAACUUUUUAUCCCUGAGGUUUCUUAUCAAGCCCAGAUACUUGAAGGAGUUCCCGGGGAGCCAGUCCUCACUGACCAAGUGGAGGUCAUUCAACAGGUCCUAGCUCCAUUGCCUGUGGAUCCAGCGCCUGCUAUCAUCAUCAUGGGCACUUUUCGUGGGGACAGAUGUGGCCUGAACUAUCGUAGCCAUGCUGCGGAGACCGGGAAGGAUUUACCUCGCUUCCCGGUCUUUGCCUUCAAAAAUCCAGCCAUCCCCACCCUCGCUUUGUUGGAUCCCUUGGAUGCCGGUUUGAGGAUUGGACCAGAUGACACCAUCUUCAUUCCAAAGGUGGCAAGGGAGAAGCCGGAGGUCGACUUUGAGGCGGAACUCGCCAUCGUUCUGGGCCAGGCGCUGAAGAACGCGGACGCCUCGGAAGCGCUCCACGCGGUGCUGGGGGUCACCGGAGCCAACGACGUCUCAGCCCGGAGGUGGCAAGGGAAAAAAGGCGGGGGCCAAUGGUCUCGCGCCAAAUCCUUCGACACUUUCUGUCCGUUGGGACCCUCCUUGGUGCCACUGCAAGGCGCAGCCAAAGAUUUGCUGGGCGGCAACGGCCUGAGGGUUCAAAGUUGGGUGAACGGCAAGGAGAUGCAGAACGGGAGCACCUCAGACAUGGAGUUCCAAUUGGGGCAGAUUCUAAGUUACUUGUCGCAAGGCACCACGCUGCUUCCCGGCACAGUGAUUCUCACCGGAACUCCGCCAGGAGUUGGAUAUGUGCGUGAUCCGCCAGUGUAUUUGCAUCCCGGAGACAAGGUUGAGGUGGAAGUGCAGUUCGCUGGGCGGCUGUUGAACCCAGUGGAUGCAGGGCGCGUGAACUACGUGAAGUGGUGGACAUUCGCAAAGUGGGAGCGGAGAGAUGAUUUGGUGGCCUUGUUGCCCAAGGAUGUGGCGCAGGAGGCCGUGGAUCGUUUUUUUCAGGCGGAGGAGGUGGCGUCCAGUGCUGGAUCCAGUGCUGAUUGGUUGCUCAAGCUGGCCGAUCUGGCCGUGGUGGCUUCUCAGCUGCGCAGCUUUGUGCUGAUGAACGCAGCGAGAGAUGUUUGGGAGGUUCCAGACGUUGGAAGGAUCUCCUUGGAUCAUUUCUCCAACACUGUGCAGGUUGGGCAUGUGCCACCGGAGGAUCCAAAAGCGGCGGAAGCAGUGGACAGAGGGACAUGGAUCAAAGGUCGAUUUAAGUGGCUGGAAAGGCUGAUCAUUUCCAACGGAUAUGAGCGGCUCCAGAUUUUGGGUGAAGGGUCCUAUGGUACUGCACUGCUGGUGCGAGAGAGAGGAGGCUCUACCAAGUAUGUUGCCAAAGAGAUUCGCAUCAGUCACCUUGGAGAGAAGGAGAGGGGGCUGGCCUUGGCAGAAGCCGACGUCUUGCGGCGCUUGUCUCAUGCCAACAUCGUCCGAUACGUCGACUCCUUCCUGGAUUCGAGACUGUUGUACAUCAUCAUGGAAUACGCGGACAAUGGCGAUUUGGCAACACAGAUCAAGUUGCGGCGCGAGACUGGAGGAUGCUUCGCAGAGAGCGAGAUAAUGCACAUCCAUCUGCAACUGGUUCUGGCGCUGUCGCAUAUCCACAAAGUGAAAAUCCUGCACAGGGACUUGAAGCCGCUGAACAUUUUCCUCACGCGGCAAUGGAUCGUGAAAUUGGGCGAUUUUGGAAUCUCCAAGGUGUUGGAAAGUACGACACUGGGAGCUCAGACCACCAUCGGUACACCCUUGUAUUUGUCACCUGAAAUUUGCAGUGGCGAGGCUUACGGUGUGAAGAGCGACUGCUGGUCAUUGGGCGUGGUGACCUACGAGAUGUGUGCACUGCAGGUGCCGUUCCUGGCCACCUCGGUGGUGCAGCUGGUGAUGAAGAUCUGCAGCGCAGAACCUCCAGCGCUGCCGCAUCUCUCGAGCCCGCUGCGAAGCAUCGUCUUGGGGCUGUUGCAGAAGGAUCCGCGCAGACGCUUGCGAUUGGAGGAUGUACUGGGCAUGAGCUAUGCCAGGGAACACCUUCAAGCACUGCUGGAACGAAGCCAACACGAGGGGAGCACCUUGCCGUCGGCAUCGAUGGCGACACGACUGGCCACACAUCCCUUGGCGCCGAGUGUGAGCCCGACCCAGGACACUGCAGAAGCCGUGCGCGCUGAGUUUCAUCGAAAUCGAGAGGUGGCCCGUCUGGCGCGGGAGCGUUGUCGAGGGAACAGCCUGGGUCCGUCCCCUGAGAGGCCCCCCUUGACGCCCGAGCGCGCCGCGGGCCGCCCGUCCUCCGUGCCGCGCUGGUCCGAUGCGGCGCCGCAAGUGCUGGGGACGCCGCCGCCGAGUCCACGGCGCGAUCGUCGGGAGGAGGUGAAGCGAAAGUCCAGGGAGCAGAAGGAAGCUGCCGAGGUCGCCAGGCUGCAGGAGUUAGAAGAGGCCAGGCAACAAGCCUUUCAGGAGCGACUUGCAGCGAAGCAAAGGAUGGAACAGGAUCAGCGCUCACAUUUAGGUCGCCCAAGACCGGAGCGAUUCAUCGACAGCAGCAGUCCAAGGUCAGAUGCCAAGUCUGAAGGCUCCGUUGGCGAAAAGUCUGCCAAGAUGGAGCAGAUGGAGACAGUCCCGCCGGAAGUCGAUGUCGAUGCAAUAUCGACCUCGGUGGAUCUUCGAGCGCUGCGGGGGGUGCUGGAAGAAGCCUUAUCCCGUCGCGUCCGUGGAGCUUUGUUGGUGGCCAUGUGCUUGUGCAGUCUUUGGAGUUUGUCUUCUCGGGCCUUCACCAAGACUGAGGAAGUCACUGAGGAAUCCGGAGGUGCAGUGAAGUUGGUGGGCGAGCACCCACUGGUUUUCACCUUCCUCUCCAUGGCUUUGUGCGGUGCCCUGUGCUACACCGAGAACUCCAGCACUGGCAAGUUGGAAUUCAUGAAUCGCGACUAUUUCACCUUUCAGUUGAUCCAGAACAUUUUGUGUUUCGCCUCCGGCCUGAUCAACGCCCUGACGAUCUUCGACAUGGGCAUGACCGUCUCCCACCAGAGUGGAAACACCAGUCACGCAGGCCGUUUGAUCAUGGCGGGUGGCGCCAAGUUCGGACAUCUUCUGGCUGCGUUCUGCUUCGGAUCUUUCUUCGCAGGCUACAGCAAGGCGGAUACAGAGCUCAUCUACUCGGGACGAUAUUCUCCCAACCUUUUGGCUUCUGCCCUGGCUGUGGUCGCCGGAUGCGUGGUGCACUACUGCAAGGAGCACGGUGGCGAGGGCAACGACAACACUUCUGAGUGCCUGCUGCUCUUUGCCUUCUCUCAGGGAAUCAUGAACGGCAUCACGCGAAGGUGCCAGACCCUGCCCAUCUGCACCACUCACUUCACAGGCUACUUGACCGACGUUGGCACCUUGUUGGGCUGGUGCGUACGCGAUGGCGUCAUGGGCGAGAAGUUCUUGAAGGCCAUGCUCUUCGCCGCGGGCAUUUUGUUCUUCGGCCUCGGUGGCGUGGCGGCCAAGGAGCUGCAUGAGUCCUACAGCAUGCAGGCUGCUUUGAUCUCCGCUGCCCUCAUGGCCGCGGUUGCGGGUGGCUUGGUUCAAGUGGAGGAGAGGACCAUCCAGCUGGAUGACUUCCAACAAACCUUGCUGCCUGCACCGCCACCUGAAGCCCAGCCACCAGCCUGUGAUGAGGCCGAGACCACCCUGCGACCACCGGGGACCGCUCCGUCGCCCGUGGCGUCCGGUGACGUGUCGCCGCCGGCGGUGCCGGGCACGGCGCCGGAGGAGCGACCGCUGCGGCCCGCGGAUCCGGCGCGGCUGUCGGCGCUGCUGGAGGGCACCCAGGAUUCUCUGACUUAUUCGACCUUGGAAUCCAGCCUUCCGACCCUCCAACGUUGUUUCGAGGAAAGCGACAAGGACCCGAAGGCAGAUCAGACGGCUCUGUCAGAGGUUCCUCCAUCAAGUACUGCAGUCAAAGCUGAAGUGAUCUCCUUGCAUCUUGCUGCGGCUGAGAGCAGCGCCAGCCCCACGCCACCGGAGCCAGAUGCCACUGGAGCAGGAGACAUCGAGCGAUUGCGGUCCUGGGAUGCUGGAAAGGCCCUUCGCUGGGAAGCCAACAGCUUCACCACCAGCCCAGCAGCCCCCUAUGUGCAGAAUCUCAAGGGGCAGAUCGAAGAACUCGCCCGGCGAAUUCCAUGCGCUGGAGGUGGUUCCAUCCCCUUUUCGACUCAAUGCAUCUUCUGGGGCUGGUUGGAGGUUCGAUUGAUGCAGGAGUGCUUAGAGGUUCUGGCAAAGUGUGGCCGUCGGAAAACACCAGAGGCUUUGAUGUGUCUGGCUGAAGACUUCCGCUCCAUUCAUCAAGCUGCUGUAAACCCAGUGGAAGGACAGCAACAAAGUGAUUACUGGCGGGAUCCAUUGGUUCAUCACGUCAUCUUCGGCACUUAA